AUGCGCCUAGAAGGUUCUUGCCAUUGCCGCGCCGUGACGUUCUCUUUGGAGUCUAGCAGCCCAUGCCCAUACCAGCUAUGCUACUGCAGCAUCUGCCGCAAGGUGGGUGGGUCGGGCGGGUUUGGCAUCAACAUAGGCGGCGAUGCGAGGACGAUGCAGGUGCAGGGGGAGGAGCACCUGGCCACGUACCGGGCCAAGAUGAGGGGGGACACGGGCGAGGUGAGGGCACAUGGGGAUGGCCGGGCGUGGUGGUUGCGUGGGAGAGAGGGAUGGGGUGAAUGUAAGGAAGGUACAACUGAUAACGAAGGGAAGGAACCUGACUUGCAGAAUCAAUUCUACCACCAUGAUCCUGCUUUUCCCAAAUCCAUUGCUGCUGUCUCAAAGUUAAGGAGUACGGCUGGAGCUGACGCAAGCAAGGAGGAGGAGUGGAGAGGCGGCUGCUGGAGUGAGGAGAGGAGGAGUGGAGAGGCAGCUGCUGGAGUGAGGAGAGGAGGAGGAGUGGAGAGGCGGCUGCCGGACGGUGCGCAGCGGCGGUUCUGCCGCGAGUGUGGGUCGCACCUGUGGCUGUACGACCCCAGGUGGCCCGACCUCAUCCACCCGUACGCCUCUGCCAUUGACUCGCCCCUGCCCCCCCCUCCCGAGCGCACACACCUGAUGCUCAACUCCAAGCCCGCCUGGGUGCAGGCGAGUGUGGGCCCCACGGACAAGAGCUUUCAGGGGUACCCGGAGGAGAGCCUGGCGGACUGGCACAAGCGCACAGGUGUUGGGCAGUGA